UUUCUUACCAUGAGUAACUUCAAGCUAGCAUGCGUUCUUAUGAUGUGCAUGACUUUGUUGUAUGCACAAAAUGGUGAUGCACUUUCAUGUGGAAAAGUCACUAAUAACCUUAUGCCAUGCCUGCAUUAUCUUCAAAAUGGUGGUGUUGUUUCCCCGAGCUGUUGUUAUGGCGUUAAAGGGAUAGUUAAUGCAGCUUGGACUAUUGCUGACCGCCGUGCAACUUGUGACUGCUUGAAGUCUGCUGCUGCUUCUUUCAAAGGACUCAAUGUAGGCUUUGCUGCUGCCCUCCCAGGCAAAUGUGGGGCUACUAUCCCUUACAAGAUCGGUCCUUCCACCAACUGUGCUAGUAUCAAGUGAUGGAAAACAUUUUGAAGUGAAACAUUUAGGAGAUGAAUCUUCCCCAAUAAAUAAUAUAUGCUACUAUUAUCAACUAGUGUGAAAGGGAAUGAAAAGAGAAGAUAGGGCUACCUUUAUGCUAGAGCUAGUUCUCUCUUUUCUUUAAGACUAUUAUUAAGUUGUGACAUAAGACUAUUAUUAAGUUGUGACAUACUUAUUAUAUGUGUGCUUUAAUAUGAGGUUUUUUAUUGUGUUUAUUUGUGUGGUGUUUUUCUUUUAAAAUAUAAAUAAAACCAGUGGUUGUUGUUA